GUCGUUCGAAGAUGAUCAGAGCGGCGGUCCCUCUCCUGUUGAUAUUAUUCACCGUUUGAACAUCGCAGACAGCAGUAUUUCGGGCUUCCGUGCACUUCAGGUAAAAAUACGCUAUGCAGAAGUGGACCGUCCUCGUGACACUCGUAGGUCUCCUGACAGCGAGUUUGACUCGAAAUGAAGGUCAAACUCACCGGCGCCGCCGUAACUCAGCCCUGGAGAACCUCGUGUGCGGUGGCCAAGAGCGGCUGACAAACACUCUCAACUUUCUGGCUAUGAUGGGGCGUAGUUCCCUCUCAAGACCCCUUCCUUUGCCACUGUCGACAAACAUUGGACCUUUCCUGGCGAGCAACGCUACAAUCGAGGGUCUCGACUCUGUGACCAUUCCAAGACCUGCGUCCACCGAAUGUAGUGCUACGGAUGCUUUCGUUGUGGUUCCCCUGCGCCUCACCAACGUCACAGCUACUGUCGACUGGAUCAUGCGUGGAGGUCCAGUUCUGUCCAUGGAACCGUCGAGUGGAACCUUCGCGAUGUCCUUGGGCCAAAUCGACUUGGAUAUCGGAGUGACCAUCCCACGUGGCAGCUCCGCGAUAACGGUUACAUCCGUCCAUAUAUCGGACAUCAGAGACGUUGUGUACGAGAUGCGCGUCACGGGACCUCGACCACGCCCUGCGACAACGUGGCUCCGAAGUCGAGGGCUGUCCCCACCAGAAGCAGCCGUGCUCAGAACUCUUAUCCGCAGUGGACUCCAGCGAGCCAUAAACAGCAGCGUUCUACCAAUCUAGUGUGCGCGGCACUUGUACCGUAUUACUUGUGUUGGAGCAUACAACAUAUACGUCAUUAUGAUGACGAUGAUGAUGAUAGGAGGUAUUUCUCCGCCUUCGCAUUUGUUUUGCUGUUCACACGAAGGACCAGUUGAAGGAUUUAGCUUCAGACUCAA